AUGCCGUCGCUCGCCUCCCUUCUCCCAUUUGCUGCAGUCCUCGCCUCCGGCCUCGCGUCUGCCGUCCCCAACAACGCGACGCUUGCCUCGAGGACCGAUACAGCGAAACGCGCUACAUGCACGGUCAACAGCGUUUCGAGCGCCUCGAAUCUUUCGUCGUGCUCGACGGUCGUCAUCACGGGUUUCACGGUUCCGUCCGGGCAAACGGUCACCAUCGCUGCGGCUAGCGGUGCCACAGUCACCAUGACCGGGGAUAUAGUCUUCUCAAAGACAACGUCGGCGGGUCCCCUCCUCACCUUCGAUACCCCUAACAUCAAUUUCAAUGGCGGCACCCACAACAUCAAUGGAAACGGCGCACAAUACUGGGAUGGCCAGGGCACGAACGGCGGUUCGACUAAACCGCAUCCAUUUGUCAAAUUCAAGGGCUCCGGCACAUUCUCCUUCGUGACCGUGCUUAACUCCCCCGCACAAGCCAUCUCCGUCGGCACCUCAGGAACCACGGUCAUCUCCCGCGUCACCGUCGACAACUCCGCGGGCAACUCCGGAUCGCUGGGGCACAACACGGACGGGUUCGACAUCUCCGCGUCGGACGUGACGCUCUCGCAGGUGACGGUGAACAACCAGGACGACUGCGUGGCGAUCAACAAGGGCUCGAACCUCGUCAUCGAGGACUCGACGUGCAUCGGCUCGCACGGCAUCUCCAUCGGCUCGAUUGCCGCAGAUCACAGCGUGUCCAACGUCAAAAUCGCGCGCAACACCGUCACCGGCGGGCUCUACGGCCUGCGCAUCAAGGUCGACGCUGACGCGACGAACGCGAGCGUCAGUUCCGUUACCUAUGAAGGAAACACUGUUUCCGGAAUCACCGAAUACGGCGUGCUGAUCUCCCAGAGCUACCCCGACAACGACGGGACCCCGGGCACCAGCGCACCCAUCUCCGGGAUUGCGUUCACGGGAGGAACCACGUCCGUCUCCGUCGGCUCGUCGGCCUACACGCUCGUCGUCGACUGCGGCGCCUGCUCCGGCACGUGGAACUUCUCGGACCUGAAGGCGUCUGGCGGCAAAGGCCAUAUCCUCGCGCUGAACAAGGCCACGAUCUCCGGCGGAACGUAUUGA